ACUUUGCUUUGGUUGUUCUUCAGGGUUUCUUUUUCUUUUUAGAUUUUCUGGGGUGAGAAAAAUCUUAUCUUGCAUCGAUGAGGAUCCGGAAAAGACAGGUUCCGCUGCCUUUCUCGUCCAUUUCACCUGUACCUCUUUCAUCAGAUCCCAUCUUCAACCGCCCUCCGGUGGCGGUGGUGCAACUCCCUCUACGGCAGCAACAACCACCUCCUUCGCCCUGCUUUCAUCCUCACGACCCUUCUGAAUCUGAUCAUCCAAAUCACCCGAUCCGACAACCACUACCAACCCAAGCCUUUGCUUCAUCUUCUUUCCAUGGACAACAACUCAUGAAGACCAAACAAGAUUACUUGGUCUUAAAGCCUGGAGGAGGAGGGGGUAGAGAAGAGAAAAAUAGUGAUACCGGGAAAGGAGAAGGACUAGGAAGAGGGGUUCUUUCACACUCGGGUUCUUCCCAUCCUCAAGCUGUUGGGGACAUUGAUGGCGACGACGAUGGUGAUAUGUUAAUAGCAAAAGAUGCAUACAAUAAGAGUGAUGCCGGGAAGAUGAAGACUAAGGUAAACAAGAAACUUGUGCAGCAGCCAAGCAACGAUGAAGAAGCGAGCAAAGACGAUGGAAGCGGCGGCUCUGCGAAAAAGAGAGGUCGAGGCGGCGGCGCACUCGUGGAAGGAUCGAGGUGCAGUCGAGUUAACGGAAGGGGAUGGAGAUGUUGCCAACAAACACUCGUUGGUUACUCUCUAUGCGAGCAUCAUUUGGGUAAAGGUAGGCUUAGGAGCAUCACUAGCGUUCGAGACAGAGCCAAGGAGGAGCGACUGGCUAAAUAUGCUGAUCAUCGGGCUCCGGUACCGUCAAAUUCGUCCCAACAGUUAGUAAAGCAAACAAAGAAGAGAGCGGUGAAGCUUGGGAUGGUGAAAGCCCGAUCGAUGAGCAGUCUGCUGGGCCAAAUCGACAAUGCCAUCGCAGUAGCUGAUGAUAAUAACCAGUAGUGUAGUAAGUGCCACUUCAAAAAAAAAAAGUAGUGUAG